AUGCAAGUCUGAGGCCACAGUUGCCUCAAAGUGACCAAGGACCAAGCAGUCUCUAAUGAAUAGGCAAGACCAACCUCUGCUCCCACAGAAAAGAAGAAAUGCUCAUCUGAAACCCAUCACCUUUUCAGAGUCUUCAAAGUAACCAAGGCUUGAAAAGGACACAAGAAGUAAACUGGUUUCCAGUGCCUCUGGCCUUCCUGUUAAGAGCAGACAAAGAGUGUAUGAAGACUAUUCAACUAUGUCAGAGACUUCCUCUCAUGACUCCUUCUAUGAUUCCCUAUCAGACAUGCAGGAAGAAAGCAAGAAUGCUGACUUCUUCCCUGGGCUAUCUGCUUUUCUCAGCCAGGAAGAGAUAAACAAGAGUCUUGACCUGGCCCGGAGAUCUAUCGCCAACUCCGAAACAGAAGAUUUUGACUCAGAAAAGGAGAUCUCGCAGAUUUUUAACACCUCUCCUGUAAGCCUCUGUGAAAACCCUUCCCAUAAGGAGACCAAGUUUGGUGAGUCAACCUCCUCAGGGAGACCUCAUGAUAAUAGGUCAACACCUGUCCAGCCUCUGCCUGAACAAACUGCCCCUAUCUCUUCACCUGCUUCAAAGAGGAAACCUGCCAUAUCACCCCUGCUUGCCAGCCCCAGCUAUAUCCGGAGCCUCCGAAAGUCUGGAAAACGUGGUGCAAAAACUCCCAACCCAAGUGUAAAGCCCAAACCAGCAUAUCAAAGUAAGACUGGCCCCCAGAGCCAGCUAUGUGACAAGGCGGCUAAUUUCAUUGAGGAGCUGACGUCCAUAUUUAGAGAAGCAGCAAAGCCGAGAAAUAGAAGCCCAAAUGGGGAGUCCUCAUCACCAGACAGUGGGUACUUGUCUCCUAAAAAUCAGCCAUCAGCCCUGAUGGGUGCCUCAGCCAGCCAGAGCCCCACUGGAGACCAACAGGAGAUGGAAGCAGAGGUCAAGUUGCCCGAAGCCAGGCAUCGUUACCAGAAAGACCAGAACAAGGCAGUGCCAUGCAAUAACAUGCCUCACCCACAGCCUCAGAAUGCACUCCGCUUGCCCUCAGCUCCAAGAUUCAUCCAGAAGCUUCGGAGCCAAGAAGUGGCAGAAGGAAGUAAAGUUUACUUGGAGUGUAGAGUCACCGGAAACCCAACUCCUCAGGUCAGAUGGUUCUGUGAGGGGAAGGAGCUACAGGACACUCCCGACAUUCAGAUCCGCUGUGAGGGUGGGGACCUCCACACCCUGGUCAUAGCAGAGGCCUUUGAGGACGACACAGGUCGCUAUACCUGUCUGGCUACAAACCCCAGCGGCUCGGACACAACAUCUGCCGAGGUGUUCAUCGAAGGUGCCAGUUCAACAGAUUCUGAGAGUGAAAGUUUAGCUUUCAAAUCAAAACCUGGAGCCAUGCCACAAGCUCAAAAGAAAACAACUUCUGUUUCCUUGACAAUAGGAUCAUCAUCUCCAAAGACAGGAGUGACCACAGCUGUGAUUCAGCCAUUAUCCAUCCCUGUUCAACAGGUUCACAGUCCAACCUCGUAUCUCUGCCGACCUGAUGCAACCACUCCUGCCUCCUUUCCUCCAAUUUUUACAAAGGAACUGCAAAACAUAGCUGCAUCAGAGGGUCAGGUGGUGGUACUGGAGUGCCGGGUCCGAGGAGCGCCCCCUUUGCAGGUCAAGUGGUUCCGACAAGGGAGUGAAAUCCAAGACUCUCCAGACUUCAGAAUUCUACAGAAAAAACCUAGAUCUACAGCUGAACCUGAGGAGAUCUGUACCCUGGUUAUCGCUGAGACUUUCCCUGAAGAUGCAGGGGUCUUUACGUGCUCCGCAAGAAAUGAUUACGGCUCAGUAACCAGUACUGCCCAGCUGAUUGUCACCUCAGCCAACGCUGAAAACUGCAACUAUGACUCAGUGGGAGAAUCCAACAGCGAUCACUUCCAACACUUUCCACCUCCCCCUCCCAUCUUGGAGACAAGUUCCUUUGAGUUGGCUUCAAAGAAGCCAUCCGAGAUCCAGCAGGUGAACAGCCCAGAAUUAGGACUUAGCAUGGCAGCCCUUCAAAUGCAGUUCAGUUCUGCUGAGAGGGAGACGAACGGAGUCCAUCCCAGCCAUGGAGUAAAUGGACUGAUUAACGGCAAAGCUAACAGUAAUAAAUCUCUGCCAACACCAGCUGUCCUCCUUUCACCCACUAAGGAGCCACCACCUCUGCUUGCCAAACCCAAACUGGACCCUCUGAAAAUCCAGCAACUGCAGAACCAGGUCCGGCUGGAGCAGGAGGCCAGCGCGCGGCACCCCCCGCCUGCCGGCGCCCCGCGCAGCGCGCCGCCCUCGCCGCCCUUCCCGCCGCCGCCCGCCUUCCCCGAGCUCGCGGCCUGCGCGUCGCCCGCCUCCCCGGAGCCCAUGAGCACGCUCGCCUCCCGCUCCGCGCCCGCCAUGCAGUCCUCCGGCUCCUUCAACUACGCGCGCCCCAAGCAGUUCAUCGCGGCGCAGAACCUCGGCCCCGCGUCGGGCCACGGCACGCCGGCCUCCAGCCCCAGCUCCUCCAGCCUCCCGUCGCCCAUGUCCCCGACCCUGAAGCAGUUCGGCCGCGCGCCCGCGCCGCCCUUCGCACAGCCCUUCGGUGGCGCCGAGGCCGAGGCUCCGUGGUGCCCGUCCUCGCCGUCGCCCCCGCCGCCGCCGCCCCCCGUCUUCAGCCCGACGACGGCCUUCCCGGUGCCCGACGUGUUCCCGCUGCCGCCGCCUCCGCCGCCGCUUCCCAGCCCGGGCCCGGCGUCCAUGUGCGCCUCGCCCGCAGCCCGCUUCGGCCACAGCCAGACGCCCGCGGCCUUCCUCAGCGCCCUGCUGCCCUCGCAGCCUCCCCCGGUGGCCGUCAACGCCUUGGGCCUGCCCAAGGGCGUCACCCCCGCGGGAUUUCCAAAGAAAGUCAAUAGAACCGCUAGAAUAGCUUCUGAUGAGGAGAUUCAAGGCACAAAGGAUGCUGUCAUUCAAGACCUGGAACGAAAACUUCGCUUCAAGGAGGACCUCCUGAACAAUGGCCAGCCGAGGUUAACAUAUGAAGAAAGAAUGGCUCGUCGAUUACUAGGUGCUGACAGUGCAACUGUUUUUAACAUUCAGGAGCCAGAAGAGGAGACAGCUAAUCAGGAAAUUGGGUCUCCUCAUGCUUCUGUAGGGAGUCCUCUGGAUGGUCAAAAGGAAUACAAAGUCUCCAGCUGUGAACAGAGACUCAUCAGUGAAAUCGAGUACAGGCUAGAAAGGUCUCCUGUGGAUGAAUCAGGUGAUGACGUCCAAUAUGGGGAUGCACCUGUGGAAAAUGGAGUGGCACCAUUCUUUGAGAUGAAACUGAAACAUUACAAGAUCUUUGAGGGAAUGCCUGUAACUUUCACAUGCAGAGUGACUGGGAAUCCAAAACCAAAGAUCUAUUGGUUUAAAGAUGGAAAGCAGAUCUCUCCAAAGAAUGAUCACUACACCAUUCAAAGAGAUCUUGACGGGACCUGCUCUCUCCAUACCACAGCCUCCACCCUAGAUGAUGAUGGCAAUUACACAAUUAUGGCUGCAAACCCUCAGGGCCGCAUCAGUUGUACGGGACGGCUAAUGGUACAGGCUGUAAACCAAAGAGGUCGCAGUCCCCGCUCUCCCUCAGGCCAUCCUCAUGUCAGAAGGCCUCGUUCUAGAUCAAGGGACAGUGGAGAUGAAAACGAACCAAUUCAGGAGCGAUUCUUCAGACCUCACUUCUUACAGGCUCCUGGAGACCUAACUGUUCAAGAAGGAAAACUCUGCAGAAUGGAUUGUAAAGUCAGUGGGUUACCAACCCCAGAUCUAAGCUGGCAACUAGAUGGAAAACCUAUACGCCCCGACAGCGCUCACAAGAUGCUCGUGCGUGAGAACGGGGUGCACUCUCUGAUCAUAGAGCCAGUCACGUCACGAGAUGCUGGCAUCUACACAUGUAUAGCCACUAAUCGAGCAGGACAAAACUCAUUCAGCCUGGAGCUUGUGGUUGCUGCUAAAGAGGCACACAAACCCCCUGUGUUUCUCGAGAAGCUGCAAAACACAGGAGUUGCGGAUGGGUACCCUGUGCGACUGGAAUGCCGUGUUUCGGGCAUGCCACUGCCUCAGAUAUUUUGGAAGAAAGAAAAUGAAUCACUCACUCACAGCACUGACCGAGUAAGCAUGCACCAGGAUAAUCAUGGCUACAUCUGCCUGCUCAUUCAGGGAGCCACAAAAGAAGAUGCUGGGUGGUAUACAGUGUCAGCCAAGAAUGAAGCAGGGAUUGUGUCCUGUACUGCCAGGCUGGACGUUUACACCCAGUGGCAUCAGCAGCCACAGAGCACCAAGCCAAAAAAAGUACGGCCCUCAGCCAGUCGCUAUGCAGCGCUUUCGGACCAGGGACUGGACAUUAAAGCAGCCUUCCAACCUGAAGCCAGCCCGUCUCACCUGACACUGAACACUGGCUUGGUGGAAAGUGAGGACCUGUAAUCCAACAUUCUUGUUAAAGCUGAGACACUGAAACAACCAUUGCCUUGACCAACAUACUCCUUUGUCACAUUACAUAAAGGGCAAAAACAUACCUUUGACUGUAAGAAAUAAACACCAAAAUAAUAUUUUUCUUACUUGAUAUACCAAAUUUAGAGUUUAAGUAGGUGAUGCUAAUAGAAAUGUACACAUUGCACAGAAAAUUCACAUUCAUAAUCCAAUUUAAAACUUUUGGAAUUUCUGUGAUGAAAGCGAUCUGAAAUGCCAAAAUGCUAAUGGAAAUCCACUGUUCAAAAGUAACCAGAAUUUGUAUUUUCAGACGUGCCUUUAAACACUAGCAUAGGUGCUACAUAGCAUGACAGUGUGGAAUGCUUAACAUGAGGCAGUUGUACAAGUUAAUACUAAAAUGACUCGAAAUGGGCAGCGUAUUCAGACAGCUACAGUGAACCAAGUGCAAUAUGUGGGGAUGAAAAGGAAGAGGAAAUGACAAAUCCAAGUAAAUGCCUUGUCUUUGCAAAUUGUUUUAUAUUAAAUCAUAAGGAAGGAAUUACUUGCCUUAAAUCUUAUUAAUAUCAAGAGUUUUCUAACAAGGUUGAUACCUUAGUUCUUAACUUUCUUUUUCUUUAUGUGUAGUAUUUUCUUUUCAUGCUACCUUGGUAGGAAGCUUACUUACAGACCAUAUUAAAAGGCUAAUUUAAAUAUAAAUAAUAUAAAGUAUCCUGAAUAAAGCAGAACUAUAUUACAGUCCAUUCCACGAAAGACACCCCACUCACCCAAAUGGCCAAGGCAUAUAGUAUUCAGAGGAAAGACGGGCCUGGAAGGAGUAGGAAGAAUGAAGGAAAAUGCUACCGGCACACUUACGUUGUAUUCAUGGAGAUAAAAGUAGAUGGGCGGGAGACAUGAUAGACGCCAGGCUUUUUUUUGGUUUUCCUCAAAAUUAAAGUAUAGGUGGAAAAACACUGCCACUCAAAAGUCAGGGGAUUUAGGGGCAGCUGGGAGAUUGGAGCACAUGUGCUAUGGAAGUUUCAGUGUGUCUGAAGUCUGUGUAGUAGCUGAAGAGGUUAGAUGUGUUGAGCAAGUGGAAAAUGGGCCGAGACUGCAAGAUUGGCAUCAAAGAGAAACUGCCUGUGGGAGCUAGUCUACUCGAGGGAAAUGGAUUCUUGGGAGAGACAAAAACAGGUUUGUGCCAUAAUCUAUUUUUUUUCCCAAUGACACCAAUAUGGUGAGUGAAAAACAUUGGUUCACUUCCACGCUGCCAUGAAACCUUGCCUUAAGGUGCUGGGUUCUGGGUAGUUUGUAAAGGCAUCUCUGCAAAGACAGACUGCUUUUUGAAUGCAUAUUGAUCCUUGCAACAGCUAGAUUGAGAGGAUUCUGACCAGACUUGAUGGCUUUAAGUCGGAACCAAUAAACUUUAGAAAGGAGAAAAAACAAUUUGGCCGGAUAUUAUGGUAUUAUAAGACAUGAGGUUUUAAUGGUACUUUGCUAUGAAAAGAAAACACUGUAUUCCUUAUGCAAAACACAUAUAUCUUUCAUUAUUUAUAAUAAAAACGUUGAACUGUCUUAGCUCAGUUAAUUCAAUACGUAGUAUUUUUUAAAAUAAUUUUAUAUCUGUGUACCACCCCAUAUAUUUCAUAUUACUGCUUCACAUGUACAGCUUUCUACUUCUUUUUAAGAACACCAACCAACCAAGUUUUAAAUGAUUCAUAGGCUUAAUCACUGGGUGGCAGAUGUUCUUUGCAGAGUGAUGCAAGUUUCUUUGACCACACUUAAUAUGCAUUGCUAAUAUGGAAUUUAAGAUACCAUACAAAGUCUUUCAUGGACCUAUCUAUAUUGUAGAAUUAUGACUUACGUCAUUAUCUUACUUGCCAAAUUUUUCUGAAUGUGACUGUUUGCUAAUUUGCUGGGUUUGGGGUUAAGUAGCAUUAUUUGCCACCUUUUAUGUUGUAUUUAUAAAAAAAGUACUAUCAUACUACUUUGGAUUGUUCUGCUGGUGUAAUGUGGAUUUAACAUCAAUAAAUAUUUAACAAAUAA